ACUGAACUACAAUAAAAACAUUACAGUUCAGCCCUUAUAAACGAGAUGAGGAAAGUGCUGUGCAUUUCUGAACAGGAGAAGCCUCUUCCCAGACUCUCCCCAAGAUCCCACCUGAAUAGAUCAGAGAUGGCCCAGAAAAGCCGCCUACCUGCCCCUUAUGGAGUACCUGUCCUUGCAGUGUUACUUUUGCCGUGUCUAGUCACAGGUGUGGAGCUGGCUAUAAACAAUAGUUCUGAUAACCAAAUACUAUCCACAAAGCCCGGCCGUGACGAGUCCCUGUGGUGCACUGUACGUAACAACAGCAGGGCGGAGGAAUUACGCUGGUACCGAGGAGACGGGACUGUAAACUUGAAAGAUGGAAAUAAAAUUAAUACCACUAACAUCUGCAUACUUCCAGUCUCUAAGACCGACAAUGGAGUCAGCUUUACCUGCAAGCUGGUGCGGAACGAGUCCAUUCAGAUCUCGGUGACUCUGGAUGUCCAGUUUCCUCCUCUCCUAACUGGGGAAGACCCUCCUCCAGUAGAAGAAAAGAAUGAUGUGAAGCUGACUUGCAAUGUGAAUUCCAACCCUCAAGCUGAAAUGGUUUGGUAUAAAGACAACAGCACCCUGACCCUGAAGAAAGAUCGCUAUCAGAUAUACCAUACUAGUGAGGUCUUCCAGCUGACUAUCAAGAAAGUAGAAAAAUCUGACAAUGGAACAUACACUUGUGAGGCUAAAUCUGUUCUCGGAGAGAUGAGAAAGGAGUUCCACCUGACAGUUGAAGAUAGAAAACCGGUUUUUCCCUUGGAGGCUAUUAUUGCUGCCAUCGUGGUGGUUUUACUCACUGUAAUUUUUGGAAUUGUGGCUCGAAGAGAAAAAAUAUUUAAGUGCUUCAAAAAGACAAAAAAAACACCAAGUGAAACAGCUCUGUGAAGAAAUCCUGAGGUUACUGUGUGCGCCUAAGAAGCACCAUCUGUAGCAGGACAUAUGCCCUUGUGUUAAGGGAUGGGAUUAGCCAUUAUGCAUUGCAAUAGUUACUCUAGUUCAUAUAGUUCCUUCUAUAUUUAUUGUUAUUUUACACAAUGAUCCUUUCAAAAUGUAAAUGGUUCUUUAUGUAUGUUGAUUAUAACCUACUGCUUUGAACACAUUCCUUCUGGGGAGGGGCAGGGGGAGAGGAUGACUACAUUGCUUCCUUUUGGUCUGCCUCCAUUUUUAUUCCUAAAGGAUGUUUGCAUGUAAUCAGGAUCAUUAUUUCUUAGGAGUCUGUUCCUGUUGAUUAGGCCCCAGUGGAAGUCACAAUGAGUUGCCAUGGAAAUGAUUAUGUCGUCACAACCCGAAGAGCUUGAUGUCAAGAGCACAAAUACCAGUAGCGGAUAAUUCCUUAAGAAAGGGAAGGCUUGGGGGCUGAACAGCUCAGUGGUUAGGUAAUAAGAAAGAAAAUCUCUCGUAUGCUGGUUUAGCUCCCUCCAUGGCCCACUGUGACCAAAUGUCGUUUAAUGGGUCUCAGUCCAAUUCCCAGGACAUGGUCAUCAGCACAAUGGGCACUCACUCCUUUUCUCCUUUGCUGCUAGUCCCCUCAGAAAGGCAAAGACCUGAAGCGCCCGCAGGGACUCACCCCUAGAGGUGGCCCCUUCCAGCCAGUGUCGAGGCACCCAGGUAGUACAGUAGAUGAAGCCAGCACUGCUGCUGCCUCCACUGUACCCCCUCGUUUGGAACAAUGGAUUUCAGGGCCUGGGGCGGUCGCUCGAAUACCUUUUACAAACACUAUGUUAAAAUAAACAAUCGUUUUAGAAUCAAUUCUCCAGUAGUAAAAUUGAGAGGUCAUCUCCCCUUCCCCACUGACCAUGAGAUAUACCAGCAGACAAUUUUUCACAGGAGUCCAGCAAACCUUUAAAGAGUCAUCACAAUUUGAUUCGGUACACAUACCCCAUAUUCUAUAAAUUCCAGUUUCUGAUGGGCAAAUAUCCUUCUCAGAAAGUGUAAAGAUUCUAUUACUCAACAGGAAGGAGUUUCUCAACCAUUGUAAACUUGAGUCUGUCCUUGAUUGAUGGAGUGACACUAUCCCUGCCAAUUUAACAUUAACUAGCUUUCAGAGAACAUUGUAGCAUAAUAACUUUAGUACAAACAAAUUCUCUUUAUUACACACAAUAAUUUAAAUUGCUUUCUAUGCAAUGAGUAAUCCCCUUUACUAAGCCUGACUAGCUAUUUUUCACUACAAGACUGAAAAGUGCUGUAUAAUGCUAUGAGUUUAUAAUUAGUUUAUUUGCAUCUGAAUUGCAGAGAUGCUCAGAGCCUGCAGCUCCCACUGAUCUCAGUGGGGGUUGUGGACGCUCACUAUCCCUGAAAAUCCAGACCAAAUUCCAAAGCCAUCAGCUAGAAAGGGAAGCCUUGUGAUUCUGUUCAGGGAAUGAGAGUAGGUUUCUGGGCCAGGUGAAAGGUUCCAUCCUCCCGAUGCACCACUGGGAUAUGCUCUGUGAGGCCUUACUGGGCUCCAGCUUGCAGGGGAAUUUUGGGGGUGAGACCGGACCAACGAAUCUGUGAAAAAACAGAGUGAUGGUCUAGUCUCCCCUUGAAAUACAAGUGCAGCGGCCACAGGGCCUACCUUGGUACUGAGGCUGUAGUUUUGGUUGUGCAGGUGCUCUGUUGUCACCCCAUUGCAUGGGGAAAGAUUUCUUCAUGCCUAUCAGCACCAGUCAGACUGGUUACGCAGGCUGUUUGCUGGGAACAGGGUUUGCCUUUUCCUGCACCUGUCAUUAACUCAAAACAGAAAUAUUGAAAUCAGAUGUUGGGAAAUUAAAAGGAAAUUUAGCAACAGCAAGUUCCUGACACAACAACCAAACUGCACAAUCUAGUGAAAUACUUUGCUUCUGAAUAAAGAACCUCAUCUACUGACAUAAAUGGGUAAUCAUGGGCAGAUUUCCCCUUGAACACUUGAAAAAGAAAACUCGGGAAAACAAUUAAACAAGAGAUGGGGAAGCAUAAACAUACCCCCAAGAGAUACAAGCUCAUAAUUUUUGCAAUCCACACAUUGUCUUCCCUGUCAAAUGUUAUUUCACUUGUGUAACUACACACUCAAAUCAUCAGCACUGUGACAGGUGCAAAGACCCAUCUCCGGAUCCAGAAGUCAUCGAGUUAACAUCCAGAUUAAGUCUCUGAUACCCUUUACCUGUACAGGUGAAAAGAGUUGAGGCAGCGCUCCCCCUGCUGAGAGCAAUCAGGAGCUAAAGGGUGACAUCAACGAGCCCUAUAAAAGUGGCUCACUGAGCUACAAAAGAGGAAAGGUAUCAGAGAGUGACCUGUGUUGGAAAAUGUGGUGGCAGGGUAGUAGUCUGAAACAUCAGAUUAUAAGGAACUGUUGUUUUUUAAAAUAAUCUAUGUGAGGUACUUUGAGGUUCUGUUUAAAACUCUGGGAAUUUGUUCAAAACUGUUGAAAUGAAA